UGUGUACACAUUGUAUAUUGUGUCAAUGGUAACACGAUUUUUACCGCGUUUUUUGUCCAACAUCCGUAAACCGUUUAACGCUUUUGAUCAGACUAGUUACAAAAAGAAAAUGAGCUCUGCGAAUGGAGAACCAAAGCCGGCUAAACGUCCCACGCCCCUAACGAUAGGCACUCACAACGGAACGUUUCACUGUGACGAGGUUGUUGCCUGUUUUCUGCUUAAACAAUUGCCCGAAUAUGAAAAUGCUGAAAUAUUCCGCAGUCGCGACGAAAAGGCAUUGCGUGAGAAAUGCGAUAUAAUUGUAGAUGUGGGCGGCGUCUUUGACCACGAGAAGAAAUGGUACGAUCAUCAUCAGCUGACUUUUAAGGAAACCUUCAGCACUGUUCUCCCGGAACUGGUCGACGAAUUUGACAUAAGACUGAGCAGCGCGGGCCUAAUUUACUGCUUCUAUGGCGAGCGUGUGAUACAAUGUAUUUUACAACGCGAGAGAAAUAUGCAACUAUCUGCAAAAAAUAUAAAACUUGCAUUUCUGCAAAUCUAUCGGAAUUUUAUCAGUGAGCUCGAUGCCAUCGACAAUGGCGUGCCCAUGUUUGAGGUUGGCGAGCCACGUUAUAAGAUAUCGACACAUUUGUCGGCUCGCAUUAGCAAACUGAAUCCCUCGUGGCAGGAAACAGACGUUGAUAGCGAGCAGCGCUUCCAUACGGCCAUGACUGUAGCUGGCAAGGAAUUCGUUGAUAACGUGCUGGAAGUGGCCUGCACUUGGAUUGCGGCGCGUGAUUAUGUCCGUCAGGCAUUGGAGCAAGCAAAAUCGGUGCAUGCAAGUGGUCAAAUACUUCUGCUAGAAAGAUUCUGUCCGUGGAAAGUGCAUUUGAACGAUUUGGAAAAGGAGUACGGCGUGGAAGGUGUGCCCAAGUUGGUCAUAUUUAAUGAGGGUGCCAAUUGGCGAGUCGCAGGCGUGCCCGUCACGCCAAGCAGCUUCCUUGGUCGCAAGUUCUUGCCAACACCUUGGCGGGGUCUUCGCGAUGAGCAGCUGUGCCAGAAGGCUGGGACUAACGAUCUAAUAUUUGUGCAUCACACAGGCUUCAUUGGUGGUGCCAAGACAAAAGAGGCUGCGCUGGCCAUGGCACAGAAAAGCAUAGAGUUUGUCGACGAGAAUACAGCUUAAAUCAAUAUACAAUAAACUAGGUCAUUUCCUUACAAA